CAGAGUGAAGUGAAGGGGGCAGUCUGCUCUGUGUGCUGGAAAAGCUUGCGAAAAUCUCACUUGCAGCAGCUUAGAAGAGCAUCAUGCGGCACCGUUUUGCGUCACGGGUGCGAGUUCGCCGUGACCGUCACCCUCCCAGCCCGACCUACCUCCCGCUGACUAUAUGCAGAGGCUUCGCGGGAAUAGCCUUCCUGUGCUUUGGAGAGCUCUUCUGGAUGCAUCUCAAUAGAAUCGGGCUGGAGGGAGAGGGGAAGCUGCUGGGCUCGAUUGCGCUUGUGUUGGGCUCGAUGAUGGCGAUCGGCGCGCUAUGCGGAGCCGCAGGCACCAUGUUUUCGGCGGAUGAAGGAGGUCGGUUACCCCUCCUGGGUGCUGUGUAUCUCUCCGCUCCCCUCUCGUUGGCAGACCUUAUUGCGGGCGUCACCUUCAUCGUCAAGCGGUCAGAGGUGCUGCGCCUCGACCUCGAACACGAACAAUCCCGCGGAGGCCGACCGCACCCGGGGCCGCCAAGCCCUGUCCCCGGAGGCGACGACCCGGAGUCCCAAGCCGACUCCUUCCGACGACUGUACGACGCCUUUCUAUGCAUGGCCCUGGCCUUUUCUGUACUCGAGGCGCUCAUGUUCAGACUCGGCAGCAGGCGUAUCGCGGCCAACGCUGAGCGGCAUCGACGGGCCCAGGGGUUCGGCGAGAGCUUGGUGUACGGGAGCGGGAUGGAGUCGUUGCUGGACGAGGAGGACGUGAGGCGCAACGGGUGGGAGGACUGGAGGGGGGACACCGUGCAGCAGGGCUUGAUGAUGGAGCAGAGAUACGAGCAGCUUCGCAGGAGCAAUCUCGAGAAGAAUGAGGGACUGCUGGAGCACACGAGGGGGCACAGCAGCUUGUAACGUGGCGUGCACGCGUUCGCGAGUGCGGUUAACUCACCAUGUUUUUGUUUCGGUUUUGUUCUCUACAUCGUAUGGUGUCGAUUUCGACGGCUCGAAGUGGGUUUUUGUAUUCUCUUGGACCCACCAGGUUGUGUAUCGGUGGUUGUGCAUCGUAUGUGUUUAGAGGUUCACAAUCAAUCUAAUACAGCAAGGCUAAUUGGACAACAGCGCGCCCUUGCGCAAAUUUUGGAUUGGAUUGAGUAGUGGCGGGAGCUGCUGUAGUGGUGAACACCGUUCUUUCAGAUGUCCUCACUUACCCGGAACCACAGUUUAGGGUUUCAAUUGUAUGGCACACGGUUCAGCCGUUCCUACCGACCGUUUCACUGUCUUUUGUCUCGGUUAGCCGAAAUUUUGGCGCGAGACCGGUUGGCUGUGGCCCUGGACUGGCACUGUAGGCUUCGAAUAGAAUGGACAGCGAACCGUGACCGUUUCGUGUAUGCGCUUGGCUUUGAUAAGUCUCGUGUGUUAGUCUGGAUUGUGGUCAACAUCAGCGUUGUCGCUGUUUGCAGACGCGCACACCUAAUAUCUUUGGUCACUGUAGUUGGAGAGUUGGCUGGACAGUAGUAUUCUGCGCGGCGUUCGGGUGUACUGCAGUAUGUACAUAAGCGGUGUGUCGUUUGUUGAUGUAGAGACGGAAGAUAAGACAGAAAGGCAAGCCACCGGGGGUAUAAGCGAGAGCGAUGUGCUCUGAUUUUUUGUAAUCGGUGACCCCUUUCUAGAGAUCUCGGAACCUGCUAGUCUCUCAAACAAAAAGUGUGUGCAGUGUAAAACGGCGGUAGCGACGGAAGAAAUAACGCUUUAUAGACG